AUGAAUUUGAUGCUCUCUUCUUUGAUUGACUUGAAAUCAUCUAAUAAAGAAUUAAACAUUUAAGAGUAGGAAGUUGACCAGUUGGAUAAAAACAAAUAUAAGUUUGUGAAAAUAAAAAUUUUUUAAAAAAUUACAUAAGAUCACUAAAUAAUAUAUGAAAAAGACGGAGUCAUUUUGAGAAGGUAAUAAUAAAUAUAAAGUAAUAUAGAGAAUAACUAAAUGAAGCCUCAAUAAAUUCAGAGUUAUUGAGUAAUAUAGAAUAGAUCAAAUAUCUCUAUUGGCAAGGUUAAGUUGGAUUGAAUAAAAAAAAAAAUGGAAGAUGGAUUGCUACUUGGAAUGGAAAAGCUCUAAAAAAUGUUGGUGGGUACUAUUAGGAUGGGUUUAAGCAUGGUUAAUGGAUAGAUAUAAUAAAAAAUUUUAACUCGUAAUAAUUUUAUUGAUAUUAAUAAAUAGUCAGGCUCAAGUUAUUUAAAUAGGAGAAUACUAUAACGAUAUAAAAAGGGGAAAAUGGUAUUAUAUAUAUAUAAAUAAUAAGAUGUAAUUAUUUUAAUGAUUUUUUAGUGAUGGUGGAUAUUAUAACUAUGAAGGUUAAAAAAUUGGCAAAUGGUUGGACUUAAGUGAUGGAUUUUGGACAAAUUAAUAAGUGAUUUAUGAGGGUGAAUAUAAUAAUAGAGGAUGGAAAAAAGGGAGGUGGGAUAUUAUGUACUGUUAACUAGAAGCGGAAGUAUUUAAAUAAAUGUAAGUAAAAGUUUAAAAAUAAUUUUAGUGGUGGAGGAAUAUAUGUUGAAUAAGAAUAAGGAUCAAAAAAGAUUGGAAAAUGGAUAGAAUAGUGGGAAGGCUUCAGAGCAAAAGCAUAAAUCAAUUUUAUUGGAGAGUAUAAUAUAAAAGGAGAAAAAAAAGGGAGAUGGGAUUUCUGUAAGGUUAGAGGAACGAAAAUGUAAAAAAAUAACAACAAUUUUAGUGGUGGUGGAUCAUAUCUUGAGUAAGAAAUAGACUCUUCAAUUAAAAUUGGUAAAUGGGUAGAAUUUUUGAAAGGCUUUGAUGUAAAAGUCACUUAUUAUGGAGAAUACAACAUGUAGGGAUAAAAGGUAGGUAGAUGGGAUUUUUGUUAUAAUUGGAAUAAAUAAAUGUAAAAUUAAUAAUGAUUUUAGAGGUGGAGGUUCAUAUGAUGUGCAAGAAGGAGAUUUUUCAAUUAAGACAGGUCGGUGGGUGGACUUGUGGGAGGGCUUCAAGGAUGAUGCUAAAGUCUUUUUUAAUGGAAAAUAUAAUUAGAGUGGAAUGAAGGUUGGUAGAUGGGAUAUACUAUUAAAUUAUGAUGGAAAAAAUAAAUAAAUGUAAAUAUUAGAGGGAUAUAUAGUUAGUGGUGGUGGAUAAUAUGAUGUAUAAGAAGGGGGAUCAUAAAAAUUAGGAAUAUGGAUUGAAUUAGAUGAAGAUUUUACUUAGGUUUCACAAGUAACUUUACAAGGUGAAUAUAAUAAUGGAAUAAAAAUUGGAUUAUGGAAGAUGUUUAAAAAUGAAGAAUUUAUGUAAUAAUAUUAUUAAUUAAUAUAGUGAAUAUAGAAGUGCUCCUUCAGAGACUAGAAAAAUGAUUAAGUCAACAAAGUAUUAUCAUUUAAAUAUUGAUAGGAAUUUUGAUAUUAUGUAUUAUGGGCUACUGAUAGAUAAUAAGAAAGUUGGAAGAUGGGAUAUUUUGUAUUAAGAUCAAUUAAUGUAAUGAUUAAAAAAUUUUAAGUGGUGGCGGAGUAUAUGAGAUUUUAGGAAGAGAUUCUUCAAUAAAGAUUGGAAAGUGGAUAGAAUUGUUGGAGGACAUCAAAAAAGAUUAAAAAGUCACAUUUAUUGGUGAAUAUAAUAUAAAUGGUGAGAAGGCAGGUAGAUGGGAUAUAUUUUUGAAUUAAAAUGGACGAAAUAAAUCAAUGUAAAUAUUCAUCUAGAUCUGUUAGUGGUGGCGGAUCUUAUUAUGGCUCUUUAGAAUUGAAGAUAGGGAGGUGGAUAGAGUUAUGGGAAGAUUUUGGAGAAAAUAGAUAAGUUACCUAUGAUGGUGAAUAUAAUACAAAUGGUAUCAAGAUAGGCAGAUGGGAUAUAUUUUUGAAUUAAAAGGGAUAAAAUAAAUUGAUGUAAGAAUAACAAGUCUAGAUUAUUAGUGGUGGUGGAUUUUUUGAUGGCUCUUUAGAUAUUAAGAUAGGUAAGUGGAUAGAUUUGUGGGAAAAUUUUGCGGAAAAUAAAUAAGUUAUCUAUAAUGGUGAAUAUAAUACAAAUGGUAGGAAGAUAGGUAGAUGGAAGAUAUUCUUGAAUUAAAAUGGAUAAAAUAAAUUGAUGUAAGUUAAAAAUCUAUAUGUGUAAGUGGUGGCGGAUCAUAUGAUAAUUCUUUAAAUAUGAAGAUAGGAUAGUGGAUAGAGUUAUGGGAGGGCUUCUCAACUAAAGCUACUGUCACUUUGGCUGGUGAAUAUAAUAUGUAAGGUAAGAAGAUAGGGAAAUGGACUUUUAUAUGGGAUUAAGACAAAGGAAAUCAAUAAAUGUAAAUAAUAAAUUCGGAAUGUUAGUGGUGGCGGAUAGUAUGAUGGCUCUUUAGAUAUUAAGAUAGGUAAGUGGAUAGAUUUGUGGGAAAAUUUUGCGGAAAAUAAAUAAGUUAUCUAUAAUGGUGAAUAUAAUACAAAUGGUAGGAAGAUAGGUAGAUGGAAGAUAUUCUUAAAUUUUGAAGGAAAAAAUAUAUUAAGGCAAUUAUUUUUAUUAAAUAAAUUUUAGUGGUGGAGGAUCAUAUGAUAAUUCUUAAGGAAUAAAGAUUGGCAAGUGGACAGAGUUAUGGGAUAAUUUUGAAGCAUAUAAAUAAGUCACUUAUAUAGGUGAAUAUAAUAAUAAUGGUUAAAAAGUUGGUGAAUGGGAAAUAUGGUUUUAAUAGACUUGGGGAAAGAAAGAAUCUAAAUAUAUGUAUUUCUUUUCAGUAUUAACAUUUUAGUGGUGGUGGAGAAUAUGAUAGCUGUUUAGGUUUUUAGAUUGGAAGAUGGAAAGAGUCAUGGAUAGGUUAUUAAGGUGGUGCUAAUAUUAUUUUAAAUGGUAAAUAUAAUAUGCAGGGUAAGAAGGCUGGAUGUUGGGAUGGAUUCUCUAAUUUUGAUGGGCAAAAUAAUUUAAUGUAAAUAUUAGAAGUAUAAAUAUAUAAGUGCUGGUGGGUCAUAUGAUAAUUUUUUGGGAAUUAAGAUUGGAAGGUGGAGAGAGUUAAGGGAGGGCUUUUCGUAUUAUUCUUAAGUCAUUUUAAUUGGUGAAUAUAAUAUUUAGGGUAUAAAGGUAGGGAGAUGGGAUAUAAUCUAUAAAAAACCAAACUAAAGAGAAUUUAAGUUGAUGUAUAGUAUAAAUAUUGAAAUAUUAGUGGUGGUGGAUAGUAUGAUAGUGUUUCUGGAAUAAAAUUUGGCUAGUGGAUAGAGUUAUGGGAGAAAUUCUUUGAAUAUAAAGAAAUCACUUAUCAUGGUGAAUAUAAUCUUAAGGGUAUGAAGGUAGGGAGAUGGGAUAUAUAAAAGAAUGAUUAAUUAAUGUAAAUAUGAUGAAUAACGAUAUAUCAGUGGUGGUGGAUAAUAUGAUAGUAUUUUGGGAGGAAAGAUUGGUAGAUGGGUAGAGUUGGAUGAAGGCUUUUCGAAUCAAAAAUAAGUCACGUAUAUUGGUGAAUAUGAUAAAAAUGGUAUGAAGAUAGGUCGAUGGGAUAUUAUGUAUAAGUGGAGAGAUUACGAUGGAUAUUAGAAUAAAAAUUAUGAAAAAAUGUAUACAUGAUAAAUCUAUAUAAAAGUGGUAAUGGAUCAUAUGAUAAUUCUCAAGAAAUUAAGAUUGGGAAAUGGGUAGAGUUGUGGGAGAACUUUGAAUAUGGUUCUUAAGUAAUUUAUAUGGGCGAAUAUAAUAUGAAUGGUAUGAAGGUCGGAAGAUGGGAUAUAAUGUUUUCAGAUUCUCAUAUAAAUUAAGAAUAUAAAUAAAUGUAAUUAUAAUAAUUGAUUAUGGUAGUGGUGGUGGAUUAUAGUAUACUUUUUCAGUUAAGAUUGGUAAAUGGAUAGUGUUAUCAUCUGAAUUUACAAAAUGGAAUAAAAAAUCUUAUUAAAUUGAAUAUAAUUUAAAUGAAAAUUGA